GUUUAAGCAGAGAACCAUUAUAUAUACACCACCACAAAGCUUGGGCAUCCAAAGGGUAUAGCUGAAAAAUGGACAUCACAAAGUGGUGCAGUUCAGGCCACAGAAGAAGAAGCAUCAGAUUAGGAAGAUACUACAAUGAGUCUUCAUCAGUUAGUUCUCCCUACAAGUUGAGUUGGAGAUUUUUUUGGAUCAAGUUCAGGAGAGAAAAGAUGAGGAAGAUCUUCGAGUCGUCGCGGGUUAAUCCUCGACGACUUGUUCCCUACGAUCCGAGCAGCUACUCUAAGAAUUUCGACCGCGGGUUUGCGUGGGAUGAUCAUGAUCAUGAGCCUGAUGAUCAUGAUGAUUACAUCUCAAGUUAACUGUUCUUGGAC